CGUGUUCAGCGCGGGGGGAACGAACGCCAGUCAGUGUGUCGCUGGUACAGUCGUCGUCGUCGUCGUCAACAAGCACGUGCCACUCGCUCAUUAAUCCAAAUCGUCGGUCGGCAAGUGGUCGCCGGACGCGAGAGAUCGAGUCUGAUGUCUUACUUCAGUGAAAUGGACAAGUUUCGGUGGUGGAAAAGCGCUGCGAUGAUGUCGAUAUUCAUCUUGGCGGUGUUGCCGUCUCCGUUGGCGACUGGUUCCAACACUUGGCAGAAACCAGGUUGCCACAAAGUAGGUCACACGAGGAAGAUCAGCAUACCCAACUGCGUGGAAUUCCCCAUCACAACCAACGCGUGCAGAGGAUAUUGCGAAUCGUGGGCGGUGCCGUCGCCGGCGGACACAGUGAUGAUCAACCCUCACCAGCGUAUCACGUCCGUUGGCCAGUGCUGCAACAUCAUGGACACUGAGAACGUCGAAGUCAACGUCCGUUGUCUGGAGGGCGUGAGAAAACUGGUGUUCAAAUCGGCAUUGAGCUGUUCGUGUUACCACUGCAAGAAGGAGUGAUCUUUAUUUUCUCGUUGAACA